UAGCACUAAUCUCAGACUCGGGCAGGCAGAGUGAGAGAGCUUCACGAGGAGUGUGGACGGAGCACCGAGUGUCCUCCUGAUGGAUAGUCGCUCUGUUUUCUGAAUCGGAGAGAGAAAUCUCAUCUCGGUUGUCACCUGCUGUUCUGAAUGUCCUGGGCUGACCAAGGCUGAUGGGCAGGCAGCCCCUCAUCUGGAAGGAAGAUAAAACAACAUCUUAUCUACGCCCAGGCCCAUCAGUGUUGCCAGAUUGGGCUGUUUCCCGCCCAAUUGGGCUGCUUAGGAUGGCCGUGUGCGGACUAUGAUAUGAGGACAGAACACAGCGAUGACUGAUGUGGAACCCGUUGUCACAGACUUUGCGCAGACUGGACGGACAGGCCGGCGAAAUGCCAUGCCGGAUAUCUUAGGGUCCAACGCCGGGGCCGAAGCCAGUGAAAUACAGGAGAAACUUGCUGAGCUCUCUGUCUCCGACGAGGGAAAUGAAGGCGGCGAGGGCUCAUCCUCCUCCAACCCCCCCAAGGGCCCCGAGGGAGAGGAGAAGAAGGAAGGCUAACCCCUGACCACCAGCCUCUCCUCCUCCUCCUCUUCCUCCCCCUCUUCUCCUCCUCCUCCUCCCUCUCCUCCUCCUCCUCCUCUUCUUCAUUCCCGGGACACAUGCCUCUGACACAUGCCUGGGAGCAGAGGAGAGGAUGGACCGCUCUUAACCAGCCUCUACCACUCUGCCUCCAUCUCCUCCUCCUCCACCUCCUCCUCCACCUCCUCCAUCGCUUGGAUCCCAUCCCAGGGCGAUCCCACAUGACUUAAGCCACCAGCCUUCAGCCUCCAGCCUCCUUCGUCUCUCUCCAUCCAUCCACCACACACAGUCAACCCACUCAGACCUGACAACUGUUACCAUCGGAACUGGGCUAUGCAACAUCAGGAUACACGAGAUGAGAUGUUCUCCUCCAAACACACAGCUGGGCGAUUGCUGAAGGGAGAGGGGAGGGGAGAUCAUGGAGGUCUUUCAGUUCAACAGAGGGCUGGACAUGAUGUCUUCUAGAAAAAACAAAAAACUGUCCUGAGCAGAGAAGAUAAGCCUUCAAAACAAUCCACAGCCGUCUCUUAGAAAUGGACGAUGUGCUUCUCAUUCACUGGUCAGUGUGUACACGUAAUGAACACAAUAAAAGAGACGCUUUCAGUACAUUCAAGAA